AUGGCUCCAGGUGCCUCGAAGAUGAUGUGGGGCAGCAUGGAGGUGGCCCUGACCAGCCUCUGCGCCAUCCUGCUCUGCUGCGGCCCCAUGCUGGUCAGCUGCCGCCGGGUGACCACCUUCCCAGCCACGUUAACUCUCCCUGCAGGUGGCUCAGCCACCUUCUUCUGCAACAUCUCCAGGGAGAACAACUCCGGUGCAGAGUACAGCCUCAAUUGGUACAAGGAGACCAACCAUAGCCAAGCCCAAAAAAUCGCUGAGAUGAGCCGGAACAACCCCCUGACGAAGACGGAGAAGUACCUGCUCACCAACCACACUCCUGCCUUCAAGAUUGAGAUUCUGAACCUUCACCAGAAUGACUCAGGCUCCUACUACUGCGGGCUGAUUGCCUUCUUUGAACCCGAUAAAGUGAUGGAGAGCAACCGGUCCCACCUGGUGGUCACAGCAGCCCCUGAGAAGACAAACACCACCGAUGAGCCUGAGAUGGAGGAAGGCAAUCCCCUGGACCAUGUCAAGGCCAUGCUCCCGGGCAUCCUGCUGCUGGCUGGGGCAGUUGUGCUGCUGAUCUUUGGCUACCUCACUGUCAUGUACAGGAGAGGAGAUGUGCAGAAACCACCAAGUGAAAACACGCCAGCGGAAGAAAAGCCCCCCGUGGUGUCCGUGCCCACCGUGGACUACGGUGUGCUUGAGUUUCAGUGGGAACAGUGCACCCAGGUGCCCCCCGACACCCAGCCGGUUGACCAGACCGAAUACGCCACCAUUGUCUUCCCAGAGGAGAAACCCGUUACACCGGAGCGGGGGAAGAAACACCAGGACGAGAGGACUCGGCAGCUGCAGUUGCAGCCCUGCUGA